GGGCCCAGCAGUUCAUCAUCGGCCAUUGCGCUGCCUGCCAUCGACCCGUCCGACCUCUUUUACUUUUGGCCGGCUGCACAUCAACCUCCCGACUUCCGCCUCGCACGCUCUUUACCAGUUUUCUUUUCCGUCUGUCGCAAAGGGUUCACCUUUUCUGUCACUCGCUUUUAAUCUAAUCUUCUCAACAUGUUGUCCCGUAGUACUUGGGGCGCGACGUCCUCGUUACUAUUACUCGCUUUGUCCCGCUUCUCCAACGCUGCCUGCGAAUGUGGCUACUCGGUUAACAGCACAAGCGACUCUUCCUAUGCCGUCUUCACAGAGCUCAUGGAGAACGACUUUCUACACACUUCCACCGAUGACUUGAAAGAGGUCGGCUGGCAGCCGCAGGAAUACAAUGUUACUUCGCAGAAUGCUAGAGGGCCUUUUGGAAAGAGUAUGGAGUUGACCAACAUUGUCACGAACCCGUUCAAGAACAAGAAGGGUUGGUCGGGCGAUGCAGAGCAUGGCGGUGAUGCCGGACUAGAGUUAUGGGUUCGCGGAGACCAUCAAGAUGGCCUUGUUAGCGGUGCCGAGCUUGUCACCAUGCGCAACGACUCUCUACUUGGAAGCUUCCGUGUCGGCAUGAAGCUCUCGAACUCCUCUGGAACGUGCGGCGCUUUCUUCUUCUACCACAACAACUCACAAGAAAUUGACAUGGAAUUCCUUUCUCAUCAGUUCAACAACUCGCAAGGCUCCGUGAACCUCGUUCUCCAAAGCCCAGAAUCUGUUACGCACGGCUUCGCUGCUCAAGGAACAAACGGCUUCGAAGUUCUGGCUCUCCCUUUCCGCCCGGACGAAAUGUUCCACGAGUACCGUUUCGACUGGACCGCUAACCGUGUCGCCUUUUACGUCGACGGUGUGUUUCUCCACGAGAUGACCGAGAACAUUCCCACGGAGAGCGGUGGCAUCUUCCUAAACCACUGGAGCAACGGUGACCCAUCAUGGUCUGCUGGACCCCCGGAUCGCGACACCGUCAUGACCAUCUCGUACAUGAAGUCAUACUUCAACUCGACCGACACCGAGCGCUCUCAAAACGACUACAAGAAGCGUUGCCCUCAAUAUGACCCGGCCAAGGUCUGUGCCAUCCCCAGCCAGAUGAGCCCACCGGAUCAGAGCAAGGGUCCCGAAGCAGCGAAAACCUACUUCUUCUCGCAAGAUGGAGACGAUAUGACACCCGGUCAAACAACCUUCACCGGCAGCGCGACCAGCAUAUUCGGUGCGCAGUCAUUAUCGAUCGCGGUCCCAUUACUCGUCACGCUUCUCGGCUUAAUACUGGCGUAAUAGACAUUUUGGGACAGUUAACACCGCUUCUCAUCGCAAGCGCUUGUUCCAUAUACCCGGGUUCAUGGGCUGGGAACUUUCACGAGCAUACGACCACUUCUUCAGCGUUCUUGGAGUAAUUUGACUACUGCAGUCCGACUUCUACUUUUCACUUCGACUUCUCUCCGGGCCCGUCUUUGCACCGCCCCCACACCUUUUCUUUGAUUCAGCAACAUACUCGUGGCGCAACACCGCCUGUAGUGUCUUUACUAUUUUAUAUUUU